AUGUCUGACCAAGACGCAAGGUCAGCAUCCGGUGCAAGGCCCUCGACAGAUUCACUCAGGGCCUAUCAAGCGCAACCCGCCAUCAGCGAGCGCACCCGUCUCAUCAGCUCCGAUGACGAUGCCGUCGCCGUUACACCCUACAACCUCCUCAUUGUGCGCUCCUUGCGUCGCAUGACAGUCUUCCUCUUACUGAUCAGCUUCCUAUGGUGGGUCUUUACCCUUGUCCUCGUUUUUGUCUCGGUUUCCAACAAGAUUCACUCGCGUGGCUCAGGCUUCACUCAGUUGUCCUUUGCAACCAUCAGCGUCUUUAUGCUCCUCUUUAACCUCAUGUUCUUCUCUACCCCGAGCAAAGCAGAUCGCAUUGUUGCAUUGAGCAUGAGUGUCUUUCUGCUUGUUGAAUUCGUCAUGAUUAUGGCAAUUGGACGUCUUCGCACAGACGAAGGUUGGAUCGGUAUUGCUUCCGUCAUCUGGGCCAUGCUUAUGGGAUUCUUUGUGGUCAUGACGGAUCGUGUCGUGGAGUAUGGCAAGGAAGAAGAGGAAGAACGUCUCCUUGGUCAUGUCCAAACCAGGCGCACCCUCGGCGAGUGGUGUAAAGUGUUUGUGUCACUCUUUGGCAACACGAUUCUACUGCUGGUUGUGAUUUUGACGUGGAUGACAUUGGUGCUUCGUGCGCAUGAUGCAACACUGCCUGCACCAGGUAAAAAGGAGUGGGUCGAUGGCGAUGCGUAUCAAGUCCACAUCGAUUGCAUUGGCAACAAGACCCAUCUUCCCAUUGUCUUGCUGGAAGGCGGUGAAAACAGUGUUGAGUACGGCUUGCUCACUUGGGCACUGCAAGCGCAAGAACAGUACAGCCUCGGACAGGUCUGCUAUUGGGAUCGUCCCGGCUAUGGCUGGUCUGACAAUGCACCUUCGCCCAGCUCUGCAGGCACCAUUGUCGAUGCUCUCUCGGAAGCCUUGAUUGAAGCUGAAAUUUCUGGCCCCUAUGUCGUUGCCGCACACGGUAUCGGUGGCAUCUACUCUCGCAUCUUCGCAAGCAGGCACGUCAAGGAAAUCAAGGGUCUUUUGCUGAUUGACACAUUGCAUGAGGAUCUCCUCAACACUGUUGGCAAUGCAAAAAACUCAUUCUUCCUCUUCACCCGCGGUUUCUUGUCGCCUCUUGGUAUUGAUCGAUUGAUCUUAUGGGUCUUUGGCGGUCGUUCGCGUGAAGAUCGAACGUUUGGCAAGACUGCCUACCGUGGUGGUCGAUGGACGCGUGCUCGACUACAGGAAUCCUUGGCCAUGCCACUCACCCACAAUGAAAUCAUUGCAGCGCGUGCCAUCCUGCCGGAAUCUGUGCCCAUCACGGUCAUUGCAGCAGGAAAAGAGAUUCGUCGCAGCAAGAAGUGGGAGGAGAAACAGACGGAUUUGAGCAGGUUGAGUAAAAAGGGCAAGUUGGUGGUCGUGCCGCAUGCGGAUCACAGUGAUGUGCUGAAGCGUCCUGAGGGAACAGAGAUUCUGCGUAAGGAGCUUGCCAAUCUUGUCAAAUCCAAGUACUACGACUAUAACGACAUGUCGACUGAGGUAGACUACAAAGAUGGCGUCGCUUACUGGUCGCGUCAAUCAGGCGAUGUGAAUGGUAUGCUAGGUGGGUAUGGCCCAGGCUCACGCGUACCUCGGAUGGACAUCCAACACUCUGAGCGCCUCCUGAAAGGUCUACUACCAUUGACUGUGGAUGGCGCGGCGGUCAAUGAAGGAGAGCUCAUCAUGGCAGAUUGUGGAUGCGGCAUUGGUCGCAUCACGCUCGACUUGCUUUCGCGGUAUGCCAAGCAAGUAGACCUCAUUGAACCAUGCAUUCCAUUCACGACACAAAUGAAGGAAGGUGAAGCCUUUGCGCCACUCAGAGAAGCCGGCAAGGUUGGAGAGAUCCUCACCCUCGGCUUGCAAGAUUGGGAGCCGGAGCAGGGACGCUAUCACAUCAUUUGGAAUCAAUGGUGUCUGGGCCAGCUAUCGUACGAUGAUUUGGUGGCAUACUUGAGGCGCUGCAAGGCGAGUAUACGGCCAGGUGGCUAUGUCAUUGUCAAAGAAAACCUCAGCGGCUCGACGGUUGAUCUGUUCGAUGAGCAAGACUCGAGCUGGACACGCUCACAAGAGAAUUGGUUGCGGAGCUUCAAGGAUGCCGGGCUGACGGUCCAUGCAAGCAGCCUACAACAUGGCUUCCCACAAGAACUCUUCAAAGUCAAAGCCUUUGUACUACGCUAA